AAUCUAUGGUGUUACCGAGAUAGCUCUGCGGCGCCUUUUCGCCUUCGUUGUACCGCCAUCACAGAAAACGACCGUAAGAAAGGUUGGUUACUUAGGUGUUUUACAGCGUGGUGAUUACGUUUCAUCGCAAAACCGCACAAAUGAAGAUGGUGGAUAAAAUAGAGAUGAGUUUGGACGACAUUAUCAAACAAACAAAGGGGUCUCGAGCGCGAGGUGGCGGCGGCGGCGGCGGCGGCGGUGGUGGUGGUGGUGGUGGUGGUAGUGGCAGACGCAGCCGUGGAGCCGGCAAUUCACCUCGCCGAGGAGCACGCAGGUCGCAGAGAGUUGGCGGCGGCGUUAUACGAGGUCGUAAUCGCGGUGGUAUCGCACGCAGCUCUUUGCCGUACACAAGGGGUGAUGUAAACAGUGCUUGGAAACAUGACAUGUUUGAUGGUUUAAAAAAGGUUGGUCGUGGUGCGAUUGGCAAUGCAGGAACAACCAAACUUUUGGUGUCAAACCUUGAUUUUGGCGUAUCAGACUCAGAUAUACAGGAAUUAUUUAGUGAAUUUGGACCCUUAAAAUCAGCAGCGGUACAUUAUGAUAGAUCAGGUCGAUCUCUAGGCUCUGCAGAUGUUAUAUUUGAGAGACGAGCGGAUGCUAUCAAAGCAAUGAAACAAUAUCAUGGAGUACCAUUAGAUGGUCGUGAAAUGAACAUACAAGUUGCGACUUCUGAACUACCAAUCACUUCUAUUCGUGGUGGUCCAAGACUUAGUGGUGCUAAUUAUACACAGAGACCUCAGACUCGUUUCAGAGGGAAUCGCGGAUCUGUGAGAGGUCGUGGCAAUGGAGGCCGGCGUGGAGGUAGAGGAGGCACUCGGCAAGUGACAAAGACACCCACAGCUGAAGAACUAGAUGCAGAAUUGGAAGCUUACGUGAAGGAAGUCAAGUAACAACACCACAAAACACUUUAUUAUAUUAAAACUAUUCAGAUUUUGUUCAAUCUGACUUAACACAAUAUACAUUGUAGUCCUUAUUUUCAUAAAGUAUAAAUAUAAUCCUACCUACUAUCUACUAAAAUAUUAUAAGGAAAUUUCUCAUUAAUUUAGUUUUUAUUUUUGACGAUUCUUUUGAAAAUUGGCAUAAAAAAAUAAAUUUUACAAAAUCUUUGCAAACAUUAUUCGUAGGCGUUUUCUCUUAUACAUUUUUUAUGAUACAGUAAUAAGAAAAUUAAGGAAGAACAAACCCUGAUUGUAAAGACUGUAUGGAUUUGUAUUUACUACCGUGCGUGUGUGCUCAUCAGAUGAAAAAUACAAUGAGAUGCAUCUCGAAAA